AUGGCCGAGACCGACUCCGGCGAGUGGCGGGCAGAGGGCACCGGGCCGGGCACCGGGCCGGGCACCGAGAGCAUCACCGAGCCGGGCACGGCGGGGUGCCCGCAGAGGCCUCCCUACUCGUUCGUGGCACUGAUCACCAUGGCCAUCCGGGCCAGCCCCGGGCAGCGGCUGCCCCUGUGCGGCAUCUACGCCUACAUCGCGGAGCGCUUCCCCUUCUACCGCGGCCCCAACCGCCGGUGGCAGAACAGCGUCCGCCACAACCUCAGCCUCAACCCCUGCUUCCGACGGCUGCCCUGCCGCCACGGCCGCGCCGGCGAGUGGGCGCUGGACCCCGCUUUCCAGGACAUAUUCCCGGGGGGGAAUUACCUCCGCCGCCGCCGCCGCCGCCUCUGCCGCCGCCCGUCCGCAUCGCUCUCGCCGCCCUCCGGGAUCCCCCCGGGCCCCGCCGCGCCCCGAGCCCCGCCGCCCUCCGAGAUCCCGUCUGGCUCCGCCGCUCCAUGGCCCCCGCCGCCCUCCGGGAUCCCCCCGGGCCCCGCCGAGCCCCCGCAGCUCCCCGAGACCUGCCCGGGCCCCGCCGCUCUGUGGCCCGCGCCGCCCCGCCCGGUGCCCUCCGGCUGGCCGCAGGGGCCCUGGGCAGCGCUGCUGCUGCCCCGCUGGUACCCGGAGCUGCCGGCGCGGGGCCCGCCCGUGUCCCCGGGGCCGCCGCUGCCGCUCCCCGCCUGCGACCCGGGCGCCAGGCUGUCCCCCGCCUUCAGAUGA